AGCAUUUGCCAUUUCAUAUUUACAUUUACUCGCGUGGUGAUAUUGUGUAAAUGAAAUUAAGUUACCUUUUAGAGCAGGUAUUCUCAACAAAACACUUUAGCUCCCGUUUCAACAAUUAUAUUUCCGUUGAGAGAAACAGCAGGGAAAUAAUAGGCAGUCUCUGACUUAAAUUACAAAUACGAUCGGUGAUCCUCGAGUAAGACGUCAUGGGAACCAGAGCCGUCGCUGUGGGGGCGGCACCAGGUGCUGCUGGCGUGUCCGGCGAGGCUGGUUUAGCCGGUGUACCCAGACUUCUGGAGGACCUGGCCCGGCUGUCGGAGGACAAAGAUACAGCUGACAUCAUCUUUCUGCUGGGUCGGGACGAGACGCCGGUGUACGCUCACAGAAUUAUACUCCAAGCGAGGUGCAAGAACUUCACGGCUGCCAAGAGGAUCGGGACACCGGGAAACCCAACCCCCGUGCGUAUGCCUCACGCCCACCCGGAAACGUUUCGACAAUUCAUUCAUUACAUUUACACCGGCAAGAUCAUGCUACAGGACAGCGGUAUUUUCGAGAUGCUGGGUCUCGCUCAAGAACUUGGAGUCGAGGAACUUUGGAGAAGUUGCGAGGAACACGUCUCAGCCACUCUUAGUCCCGGAAACGCAUGUGCUCUUUUGACUGCAGCUCUGGAUGCCCAAGAGCGAGUUCCCGGUGGCAAAGGAGCUUGUUCAUCUUUUAUCGAAAGAUGUUUUGCUUUCAUCGGAGAAAAUGCUGUAGAUACAGUAAAAACAACAGCAUUCUGUAAUCUUCCGAAGGAUGCACUAGUGAAGCUUAUAUCUUCCGAUUACCUAGGACUGGAGGAGGAAGAUGUUUGGAGAGCGGUUCUAAAUUGGGCUAAAUAUCAGGCAGGGGUGACGCAGCCUACUCAACACUGGACAGAGGAGGAACGCGUGAGGGUUUGCCAACAUUUAUCUGGAGUGAUAAAUCAUGUUCGCCUGCUGCUAAUCGACAGCCAGGUGUUUGCAGAGGAAGUAGAACCAACCGGAGCAGUGCCUAUAGAGUUAUCCUUGGAGAGGUACGAAUUUUUCAAUCCCGAUCGAUCAAGUGGCUCAAAAUUCAUAAGGUAUAGAUAUGCAGCACUACCCAACAAGUAUGCAGAAAUUUGUGCAGAUAAGCGGUUACAGCCAAGAGUAAGUCCGUUUCUCUUUCCUGGAUCACAAAUUCUGUCUCGCGAUAAGAUGGGGUUUCAACGUCUUCUAAAUCAAUGGUACGGGUCACCGAAACAAAGUUGGCGUUUAGUGUAUCGAGCCUCUAGUCAUGGUUACUCAGCAACAUCUUUUCAUCGACAUUGCGACGGAGUUUGCCCAACAUACGUGAUUGCACUGGGGAUACGAGGAGAAAUUUGCGGUGGUUUUAGCGACGCGCCAUGGGGCAAAACAAAUGCUAAAGGCCACUACAUUUUUUCAGAAAAAGCUUUCCUGUUUACUUUAACAAACAAUCAAGAUGUAUCUCCAACUAAAUACGACAUUGUGAAGAAACCGUUUGCAAUUUGCUAUCAUCCAGACAUUGGACCAAUUUUUGGGGCUGGAGCUGACUUACUCAUUUCCAGUAAUUGCAAUGUGAAUAUGGAAAGUUACAGUAAUCUUCCUCACAGUUAUGAUGGUGAACAUGCUUCCAAUACUGUACUUAUGGGAGACUAUCACUUUUCUGUAGUCGAUUAUGAAGUUUUUACUCCAAGCCAUUCAGUUCCCAAAUCUACUCAUUAA